AAAUAUUGUCAAAAGAAAAACACGAUUAAAUAUUUAAAAUAUACAAUUAUUGCUGUAACUGUUCAACAGAUUUCAUCUAUCUGUUGCGGUGAUCACGUGAUGCAAGGUGGAGUUGAUGUGGUUUUGACACACACUUUCCCCCUUUAAAAGAUCAUGCACGCUUUGUCUUGAUGCUAACUGGUGCACUGAGGUAAGCAAGCGUUAAAACUAAAAAAGGAAGAGCCUUUAAAAAAGGAAGCUUGCAAAAACAGAUCUGACUCGAGAUUUAAAAAAACACUCAAAAAGAAACACAACAGAUGAGUUCUCUGAUGGACAGAAUUUACAGGCAGUUUUUCCCCACUGCACCGCCAACCAUGAUGUUGAAAAGUCCCCAGAAACACUGUCAGACGGACAACACUAGCUUGCAGCUCCCGCUGGCUAUUUUCUACGCACUCUUUUCCCUGUUCGGGUUGUCUGGAAACCUGCUGGCUCUCUGGGUGUUUUUGCGAGUACAAAUGAAGAAAAACUCUCUUCGGAUUUUUCUGAUUAACCUGGCUCUGGCUGACUUACUCCUUGUGACCUGCCUGCCUUUCCGAGUGUUGUACCAUUCCAACAAUGACCGGUGGAUGCUGUCACCAUCACUAUGCAGGAUAGUGGGCAUUGUCUUUUACGUGAACAUGUACAUUAGUAUAGUCCUACUGGGCUUCAUUAGUGUCGAUCGUUAUUUGAAGCUCCACAGGUCAUCCAGUAGGCAGCUGUUCCUGCAUAGCCGAUGGAGUGUGCUUCUCUGCUGUGUCAUCUGGGCCGUGGCGCUUACUUGUGGCAUCUGCCUCAUUGUCCUGAAUACGGAGAAUGGUGAAUCCCAAAAGUGCUUCCAGUAUAAAAAAAUGUAUGACUCCAAAUGGAAAGCCUACUUGAACUUUGCCACCGUGGGUAUGUUUUGGCUGGUCUAUGGUGCGUUGGUAAUCUCCUACGGAAGGAUCGGAAUAAAACUCCUAACAACCUCCAAAGAGAAACCGGAUUUCCCAAAUGCUGCCAAGUACAACAAAACAGCAUGGAAGUCCUUCUUUGUGCUCUUCCUCUUCACAAUAUGUUUUGUGCCCUACCACUCUGUACGGAUUUUCUACAUCAUGUCACAGCUAGACACCUCUUGCGAGUGGAUAAAUGUGUUGGAUAAAACCAAUGAAGCAGUUCUGCUACUGUCUGCCUUUAAUAGUUGUCUGGAUCCAGUCAUGUACUUUUUGUUCUGUAGUUCAAUUCGCAAAGUGAUACUGAAGAUGAUCUGUAAUAGCUUCUGUCAGCAAAACGCCAGAGGACUGAUCAGUUCUUCUGACACUCCACAAGAGCUGCCAAAUAUCUCUGCAGCUGUGCCUAUGACAGACGCUCAGGACGUCAAACUAUCAAAGACAACACAGAUAAAUGGCUACUGUGUGAGUUUCGAAAACAUAUAAACCAUGUCCUAUGGGAAAGUUUGUGCGUGUGUGUGUCUAUUAUGCAAGUAAAGAAUGUGAUAAUAUUUACAUGCAUACAACAGUUAAAAGAAAACUAAAGGAAAUGCAGUGUUAUGCUGUGAACAGUGCAGAGCAUGUCUGUGGAUUAACUCUUGAUAUUUAUCAGAAACACUACCUUUUUAUAUAAGUUACAUUAAUACAUUUUACAAAAUGACCAUACAAAAAGUUAACAGGUCCUUCGACAUUAUUUAGUGCAUCAUGAACUAACAAUGAACAACAUUUUUAGAGCAUGUAUUAAUCUAAGUAAGUUAAAUAAAACAUUAAAAAUUUAUUUAUAAGUAUACUAAUGUUUAUUGUAAAUACAAGUUUGUUCAUUAUACAUUAACUUGUGUGACUUUUUUUCAGCUUAAAAUGUUAAAAAUGUAUUGGUAUAUAUAAAAAACUAACAUUAACCAAAAUUAAUAAGUGCGGUAAAAUAAUUGUUUACUGUUAGUUCAUGAUACCCAAGGCAUCAACUAACGUUAACAAACAGAACUUUAUUGUAGAAGCUGCAAUGCUUCUGUUCAUAGAAUAGGAUGAAAUUCAAUUAUGUUAUGUUGUGCAUAUGAAAUUACUCACAUGAAUACAAGCUAGUUUCUUACUGUCCUUUUCUAAGAACAAACUCUAUGUAUUUAAAUUCUAUGUAGUGCUGGACAAAGAUUAAUCGCGAUUAAUUGCAUCAAAAUAAAAGUAUUUGUUUAUAUAAUAUA